CCGGGUCUCUGCGAUCGACACGUCAUCCUGCGCAAUGCGGAAGUAGUUUGGCAAUCCGGAAUGAACCGUUGUUUACUCUGGAUAUUAAGUGGACCGAUCUAAAUUUUAAAACCUCGUCGGAGAAUUUUGGAUGGCGGUAGAGGUGUUAAUCUCUCACACACUGCGCUGUGAAACGUGAAAACACAAGCAAAGUUCAGACUGACUGUCUGCUGGACAACUGCGAGCGAGUGUGAGGAUGCAGCCGGGCAGUCAGGAGACUCCGCCCACCACAGGGGAGCGAACAGAGACGAGCCAGCUGCCCUGUAAAGACACGUCAUCCCUGGACAGCACGUCUGACCUGGGUGGCCCUCGAACCGUGACCUUUGACCUCUUCAAUGUGGUGGUCUCCUACAAGCGGAUGGCCAUCUUUCUGGAACCGGUUACUGAUGUGGUGGAGGUGCUGCGCUACUUGCUCGGGUGGAGAAUGCCUUUGUGUUCUCUCUUCUGCUGCAUCCUACUGAACAUCCUCUUCAUCACACUGAGUGAAGUGGUCUGGUUCUCUCUCCUCCUGUUGGUGGUCUCUGUCCCCGCUGUGCUGGGUUACCUUGGCGACCGUUGCCAGGGAGAUGCCAGCGACACGGCCGUGGAGAAAAAGAGGCACCACGCAGUGCAGCGUAGAGAAAUGCAGACCGUCCGGAUGAGCCGCCAGGAAGCCAUGAUGGAGGUUAAGGGCCUAUUAAUGCGGCUGGAUGAGUUCCUGACUAAGGUGUGUAUGUACGCGGAGUCUGUCUAUAAGGUCUUGUACUGGGAGAGCCACACAGCCUCUUCUGUGUUUUACGGCUUCCUUCUGAUGAUGGUGUGUUUGCUGUACACAGCUCCUGUGGGCUGGAGUCUGUCUCUCAUCAACAGCACCCUCUUCAUCUGGAACAAAGACUUCUGCAGGGUUGUGUUGCAGCUGAAGGACUUGUUCCGCUCAUCUCCGGUCCAGCCUACAGAAAGAGAGACAGAAAAGAGCGACCCAGACCCGAGCCACCUGUCAGACCGAACCCCUACUCCCACCAGUCUGGAGGAUCUGUCACCAGGAAGUGUGGAGGAGGCCGAGGAGGCGGAGCCUGAUGAUGAGUUUAGAGACGCCAUAGAGGUGUGGCCUGCAGUCUAUGGGCUGACCAAAGCCCUGUGGAGACGCGUAAUUCAUAAGGACGAUGAAGACGUGGUGGUGGGCGGAGCUGAUUACGACUCUGUGUCUGAUAACGGCUUGCUGAGCAGGAAUGAGCCGAUACGCAGCCGAGUGUCCAAGCUCACUGAGAAACUCCGCAAGCGCGUGCCCACCAACCCCACAGGUAACUGCUCCAGCUGUGCCGCAGCGUUCUCCGUGUUAAAGAAGAGGCGGUCCUGCUCUAACUGUGGCGUGAGCUUGUGUUCUCGCUGCUGCUCCUAUAAAGUGCUCAGGUCCAGUAUGGGAGCUACAGCUCCAGAGGCUCAGAGAGAGACGGUGUUCGUGUGCGCUCUGUGCAACACCUUUCUGAGUACGAAGUAGCGUCUGAUGAAAAUCCAUUCCAGCAGAAAGCUCCAAAGCAUCCGGAUCUGUGGGCGGAGCUCUGCUUUCCUGUGAGGUUCUUGUCUCAUAGUUGGGAAUCCUGCUUCCUGCCUCAUGUCUCCUCCCUUCCUUGUGCUUCCUGUAAAGCUUCAGUAGGUGUUUCUGUUACUGUUAGAGCUGCGAUGGAAAUAAAUCAGCUGACCCGCAGUCAGACUCCAGCUCCUGCAGUGUUUAGCAUAAUAGUGCAUAUCAUAUCAUAUCAGAUACAUGGUGAUGGAGCUGGUGUAGCCAUUCCAGCCUGGGGCCCUUUUUUUUUUUUUUUUUUUUUGGUAGGUCAUGUGACCUCAUCCUCAUCCUCAUCCUCAUCCUGCACUGCACAUCUAAAUCUGUCCAUAUUUCAAAAAGCACUGAUCAGCUGAUUUGGAAGCUCCCAUAGCAACGUGAUCUAGAAUCAUCACCUACUCUUUUGAUAUCGAUUCCAGAAACUGCUUUAUACCUGUUCAAGUCCUCCUGUGAUGUCACUUUCCCGAAUCCGUCAGGUUCGAAAAUGAUCAGAUCUGACCCAUGAGACCCUGUUCCAUAACUCGUGGCAUAAUGUGAAGCCUCGUCUCAGAAUCCAUCAGGUUCUGAAAUGAUCAGCUGCUUCUUUGAGACCCUGAUCCGGAACCCGUGGCCACCUCUGAUGUCAUGUUCCAGAAUCUGUCAGGUUCUGACAGUUCCACAAUCCGUCUUGUCCUAAAACGUCUUGUGAAUCCUUAUUCUGGAACACGUUAUGACAUCACCCAUCAGAAUACUCCAGUGCUGAAGUGUUAAUGGCCUGAAGUUCUACCAGCUCUCUUUGAGAGCCAAAUCAUUACAUCAUCAUUCGUCAGUGUUGUGAGUUCUUCUGACUUUGAGAACGUUUUUUUUUCUUUUCCUUUCUGUUCUGUAGACGUUAAUCUAUAACAUUAACGCUAGGACAAGUACAAGCUCUGGAUGCUUUUAGAUAUUUAAUCAGAUUGUGUCACUGCUCGAGUUGUUUCUGCUCCAUAUCUUCAACAUCAACGGUUAAAAUAUCAAGGUUCGGAAAUACACUAAUGCUAAAAGUCAGACCGUCACUUGGAAUUAUGAACGUAGCUGUGAACUUCCAUUCAUUGUUAGCUGCAUUAGCGUUCUCAGCAUGACAAGCUCUUCUGUUUGAAGCCUUCAGUACUGUUCACCAUUCUUACAUCUCCUCGGGUUCUCGCUUCGGUGCAGCCGCUUUCUGGAUUUUGGAGAGAAUCCAUUUUUAGGUGGUGAAAAAAGUGAGAACGGUUCCAUCAUCCAGCAGCGUUCUGUUGAAAAAAUGGACCUGCAUGUGUAUUUAUUAUUUAUUUAAUAACAUAAAUCUGCUUUGUCUCAACAAUAUCUCUGACAGAAGAACUUUUUUUUCUCUCUUUCUCUGGUUUGAGAUUAUUUAAGAAUUAAUUCUAAUUAAAUGCAGUCAUUUUCUUCUGCCUUUUUUUUUUUUUUUUUUUUUUUUUUUUUAUUUUUUUUACAUCAGCAACUGUAUUGCACAUCAGCGUUACUGUAAGAUGUUACAUCACCACAUACACUGUUUCCUUGCUGUAAUUUUUUUUUUAUUUAUUUACUGUACUGAUCACAUGACUCCCUGCUGAUCAGAUUGUGGUCACGGUUUCUGAGCCAAUCAGAAUUCCCCAUGACGAUGAUGACUCAUCAGAGAGCCCUGAUCUAACAAUUUCCCCUUAAUCAGUUAAUCUGUUUCUCAGUGUGGUAAUGUUUCUGAUCUCAUUUCCUGUUUCUUCUUCUCAUCAUUCAUAUCACUAUUUUAGAUGAUUAACUGAGAUGGGUUUUGAGAGAGAUUACUGUGGUUUUGUUUUCUCUUUUAUCAUCAUUGUUUUUAUCAUUUAUUUUUUUAAAGAUGCAACCGAAUGUAAGAUGUUCUAUAUUUUAACUGUAUGAUCUCUGUACUGUAACGCAACUGUAUUAAACCUAACUCUGUCUCAGAUCGAGCAGCGUGGAGCUCGACUCUACAGAGUUAGCUGUCUUGCUGUUUCACCAAUUCAAUAAACACAGUUAGAGAAAUAACUCAAAUAA